AUUUCUUUACAUUGAGGCUACUGAAGUAAGUUAAGCUGCAACAGCACCUGAGAAGAUCGUGAUCGGCGAUCACUUAAACGUUUGGUGAAAUCAAACCGAAGAAAAACAACAGUAAAACUCUGGGCUAUGUUUAAUAGUGAAAGUAAGAUUAUUUCCAUGCGCACAAUGCGAAGGGAACUCAAGGGAUUGGGACUGAACAGCUGUGUAACCUUAAGAAAACCACUAAUCAGUGAGGCUAACUGGGAAUAAAGUCUUCAAUUUGUUAGGGAGCAUAAAGAUUGGACUCUGGAGCCAUGGAAGAAGGUCAUAUGGUCUGAUGAGUCCAGAUUGACCCUGUUCCAGAGUGAUCAGGGUAAGAAGAGAGGCCGGUGAAGUGAUGCCCCCAUCAUGUCUAGUGCCUACUGUACAAGCCUGUGGGGGCAGUGCUAUGAUCUGGGGUUCCUGCAGGUGGUCAGGUCUGGGUUCAGCAACAGUAUGUGUUCAAAGUAUGAGGUCAGCUGAUUACCUGAAUAUACUGAAUGACCAGGUUAUUCCAUCAAUCCAAUCUGUUUAUAUUAGUAUUCUUUUCAUGAAAACCAAAACAAUCAUAUGCUCACACCUUAGUGAAAAUUUGGUGUCAAUAUUUCAAAUCAUAAAGUUGUUACAUUCCUUCCAAGAUGUCCUUGUGAUAUGACAAUGCCAAAUUAAAUUACUGAUUGUUUUUGGAUGAUCUUUGCAAAAUGUAUUGUUGGGGUCUAUUGUUUUGAUAUAUUUCAUCAUUAGUUGUAUACAUUUUGUGUAACAAUUUAAAGGAAAAAAAUCUCUCAUUUUGUUAUUUAUCAGACGUUUUUGAUGAGAUGUCCCACUUUUUUUUUUCCAAUGACUCAGUGACGAGGAAUAUGUUGGAUCUCGUGUGAUGUAAAACGUGUAUUGAGGCUUCCUCGCCAGCUGGGGGCGCUGGAGGUCUUUCCCAAGACUUCUUCGAACCUCUCACAGAAGUUAACCUGGAACUGUAGCUGGCACACAAGUCACCGGAUCGGGAACAGUUUUUAUGCGGUAUUUGAUUACAUUUCUCUUGGUUAAGAGCCCUCCCAAGUUACCGCUGAAAUGUCUAAAAUCGAGAUGUUGAGGCUUCUGAUCAACCAGCGGCUCACCGCGGCUGCAGAAGAGAUCUUCGGUGUGUUUGGGAGAACCAUAGCGGAAUAUGAGGAGGAGAUCUCUCGCUCCAAGCUGGAGAUUGACCGCCAGCGCCGGCUGCUGGAGCUCUCCAGGAAGCCGCAGAUCUCCCUGCAGGCCGACAGCUCAGCCAUCUCUGAGCAGCGGGACUGGAGCUCUAGUCUAGAUCUUAAUGAAGAGGAACCUCCAACACGCAUCAAAGAAGAGGAACAAGAGCAAGAUGUGUGGACAGAUCAACCAGGCGAGAUGCCUGAGAGGUCAGAGCAGAACAAUGUCGGUUUUGUGUUGUUCCAGAGCAGCGCCGCAGGAACGCAGCAGGACAACAGUUCCACUGGGUCCCCUGUCUCAAAGUUCCAGAGCCAGGACCUGGAGGACUCGGGGUUGGAUCCACGGCCUGGCACCUCAGUCCAGCAGACCUGCUCUGAGCUCAAUGAGGAUCAACCUGGAGCUUGUGAGGCAGCUUCGGGAAAUGGCCAGAAUGACGCUGUGGACGUGGCAUUUCCUAAAGUAGUGGACUCUUAUAUCUGCACCGUCUGUGGCAAAGCAUUUUACGAGCGCGGUCAGUGGGCCAAACACACGCGGAUUCACCGAAAAGUUGACAGCAAGGUCGACAAAUCGUUCACGUGCGAUAUUUGCGGGAAGAGACUGACGCGGUCCGAUGGCUACCAGAAACACCUGCGGGUCCAUACGGGGGAGAAGCCGUACAGCUGCCACGUGUGCGGCCGCAGUUUCAGCGACAACUCCAACUACAAGCGGCACAUACGCAGACACAUGAGAGAAAAAUCCCAGCAGAGCUCAGGCUGAGCGAGGCUGCUGGCACCCGGCGGUCACAGAAAAGCCCAACACACAUUUAUGAAAGGAACCCAUAAAUUCUUCUGCCGUUGUCCUUUAAUAAUCAAGGCCAUUCUCACACACCAGAAUGGAUUGUUUACCUUUUAGCUGCCAUUGUUUUUAGUGGUUUUAAAGAUGCACCAAUCAUAGUUUUGGAAACCAGUUCUGGUAAAGUUCUGAGCUGCUCAUAUCAACCCAAGAACUGGCAUUCAAAACAAUAUUUUCUUUUCAUUGUUGAACAUAAAAUGUGUUUUUAAUAAAAUUUCUGCCAUAAACAAAUCUGUACACCAGCCCCAAGUUAAGGAGCUUUCUCUCUCCUCCACUGCCGUCGGAAAUGCACAAAAAAUAUCGUCCUGGUCUUUAGUUGUCGGAAAAUGAAUCAUAUCUCUGUUAUCAGACAGACUUUAGCUUCAUCAUCUUUCAUUUUUGUUACUUCAGAAUUUAGUUUUUGUGCACAGACGUAAAAAAUAAAAGGCCACCUACGCACGGGAUUAUAGUUCAUUUUCUACCAGACAUUCAGUUACAACUCAAUUCAAUUCAAAAAUACUUUAUUCAUCCCAAAGGGAAAUUAAAUGUUGUACCUCAUAUUAUGCAGGUUUCUUAUAUAAUAUAAUUUCUUCAAUAACUUGAAGCUUUGUCUAAAAUAAUUAAUUAAAACUCUGAUUUACCAUUAGAUGUGUUGGAUUGUUAAAUCACCAGUUUAUAUUUAUUGUAACUGUCAGGGAUGAAAAUUUAAACACUUUGGUCACCUAUAAUUGUCUUAAUUUAUUUAUUCUUUAUCCAAGAUUGUGGGUUUUCUGUCCCUGUAUUGUGACGGCCACAGUGCCUUGUUAAUGUAUUCCUAAUUAGCGUUUUACGUUUUUCAUGUGAUCACGACGAUGUACUUCACAGGACGGACCAACUCAAAGUAGCACGUGGUUGUAAGGGGGAAGGAAAAUGGUACGUGAUCUAGUAUAUGAGUGGAGCUGCAUGUCAGCAAGAUUGGGAGGGUGAAGAAACCUAAAGAAUAUGCGAAGCACAGAGAAUAAAAUUAGCUAUUUUAAUCCAAAUUCAGAUUAGGUUUUUUUAACAGUGAAAUUAUCUGGGGUAUCCUUGUAGGCUUGAGCUAAAACACAAAACCCCAGUUUUAAAAAUGCUGCUGUUGUAUAAACGUCUAAAUGCAGUAGUGUACACACUAUUGUUAAAAUGCUGGGUUUUUGUGACCAUAAUGAAUCAUUUCAAAGCUUCUUCUCCCCCGUACAAUUCUACGAAAAAACAAGCGGUUCUAAAAGAAAUCCACCUUCCACACCACUGCUUCGUCCCGACAUCCGGAGAACCAGAUGAUUGUCGUAGCUUAUAGUGGAAAACAAGCAGUAAUUGCCUUUUGUCUUUGCUACCUACCUGACCAGUUCAGGCUUUUGUUUUCAUAAUGUCACUGCUGACUGUUCAUUGUGUCAUUGUAUAUACCUAACACUUUUAUUCCCAACUCCUCACUGAUGCCUUUGAAGAAUGAGAUCCUAUUGAUCUUUUGUAACCUGUGACUGAAGGAUGCGGAUGAGGAAAUGUCAGGAAAGCUGAACCUGAUCUACAUUUAGGCUUUCAGGUUCUCUUCAACUGAAUUCUAUAUAUGGCACAUUAAAAGUGAAAAAGGA